AUGCGGCAUCCCAAGCAUACAGUGAGUGGUUUCCUGAUCCGGUGCAACAAAUUCUUCAAACAUGUGCUAUCGGACCUAACCACUGGACAAAGAUUUGAAGGAAUUUUGGAGAUAGAGGAAGACGUUAUCAAACUCACAAACGCUACGGAUCCCAGCGAAGCCCUGGACCGACACGCAAUAGUGGAGCCGCGUGCUCGGCUACAAAAAUUAACCGAACAUAUGCGAAAACUUAUAGAAAGGUACAUUCCAGGAACACCGAAGGCCUCACUACAACUAUUGGUGUUGGAUAUUCUUGCGGUCGAGAAAGAAGAAUUCAUUGACGAAGUAGAACGGCUUGAAGCGGUGCGAAAUACAACGCAAUCUCCAACCCUUGAGACCGGUGACGGUCAGAAUCGAGGUGAUACGUCUCCUCUAGCGGAUCCGGUCAUCAACGAAACCGACGAAAGGACAGAGACUCCUUUCACUGGGCCACUUAAAACUGAUCAACCUGGGGAUUCAGAACCGGCUGUCACAGAAGAAAGAGUCAAGUCUCUCAUUCAAGAGUUUGCCAACACAAAGGUUCGACCAUGGAAAAGGAAAAUCAAGAAAGCCGCGGUUCAAACAAUUAAAUUGGCCGAAACAACGAGGGAUGACCUUGUGAAGGCAGAUGCCCGAAUCACAGAGAUCGAAGUCAACUACCGUGACGACACGGUUCUGUACGACGCCCAUCUUAAGCGAACCGUAGACCUGGAAGAUACGACCUCAAAGCUGGUAGAUGACUUGAAACGGUUUCAAGAGAAAACCGAUCAACGACUCACAAAGGUAGAUGAGGACCUAGGGCGGUCAAGCACCGAAGUCGGUUCGACACUUGACAGGGUCACAGAUCUUGAAAAGAAGAAUGCAAGUCUUGAAGAGCGCAACGACAAGCUUGAAGCCGACCUUAAGGCGGUCACCGAACAGGUGACUGAGUUGAUAAAUGUCAAGCUUAAUGCUGAUAAAGCGGUUGAGGAGGCAAAUGCUCAAGCGGCUAAAGAACUUCAGGAUGCCCUGGAUGACCAGAACCGGACAGAGAAGGAGGCACCACGGUCUGAUGCGAACUUCAACGAUCGCUUACGGUUAUUAAUGCCCAAAGAUCCGGAACUUGUAAAAUCCAUAGCAGCUCGAGAAGCCAAGGAGGCAGAGCAGUUAAACAAUGAAAAACAGAGGCUCGUCGAAUAUGCCAAGGCUCACAAGAAGACCAAGGCGACUCCUUCCUCUUCGGUUCCGGCAACACGGAAAAGGAAAACACCCUCAAGGAAGGUUCAAGUAAACGAGAUGCUGGAGAGGAUCACUGAGACGAUUAUUAAAACUCCACCGAACCCGGCUCUGCAAACCGAGGAUGAAAUCGAAGAGAAUAUCGAGCCGCGAUCUACAAGAUAG